CACCGUUACACUGCUGAAUGCAGCCACUUCCUCACCCCGUGGAUUAUACGGCCAACUUUAUUCAAGAGAGCCACCUACUUAAAUAAAAUCUCCGCUGCUCCGCCACCAGACGAGGACCCUUCCACUACUGCCCGAGUGUCUUCACACCCCCACAGACUGAGAUUCAGCUUUCACCGACACCUGGAACCUGAACAGAGAUGGAGGGCCACACGAUGCGGUUUGCUCUGCUGCUGUGCAUCACUAUUGCAGCCUUUGCCUCAAGUCAGACAUGCGAUCCAAAGGAGGUUAAAGACAACCCAUGGGUGUACGUGCGUGAGAUGCUAAUUGGCUGCUGGACCAACUUUGUCAGAGACGACGGGGCAGAGGUCCACAUCCUUAACCUGAACUUUGCCGCCACGAGCGACAAGAUGUUCUCUCUGGAGAUGUCCAAUGCAAAGCCAAUGAACCUUAUCCUCACAUCGCCUGACAUGGUUUACGGUCUACACAACCUCAACGCUGAUGUUCACAUUUAUCUAAACAGUUUCUCCACAAUUACGCUACACGGAAAUCAUCAUCACAACAACGUCCACAAGCAAGAGUUCCCCACUCAAGACGAGGAGCUGGUCAAGUGGGCAGUGAAGAGGUUCGGGGGCGUGACUUCAUUCACUACUAUUCGAAAUCUACAAAAUAUCUCAGCGACAGGAACACCAGGAAUCAAACCCGGCUCCCCGAAAUGUGUGCUCGAAAAUGAAGACGCGUCAGAGAAGCACUUUAUGAUGAUUCAAACCAAACCCUCGCCUGCUUCCUUCAAAUCCUGCUCCCCGCAAACGCAGAACCCCGGCGGUGAAUCUGGCCUUCACAUCAUAAACAUCCCAGAGAGUUCCAGCAUUCGCAAUGUAUCACUGCGCGUGGACACAAGGGAGACCAGCGUGUUCCUGAGGGGCCCUCAAGGCACCACAUGGACCUUUGUCAACGCACAGCACACAAAGUUUGGUUCUAACAAUGACAUCCUGCUGCCCGCCAUAACACACCGAAUCCCUCCGUCGGUUACGCUGACAAGUGACAACGCAGAGGAUGUGCAAAGGAAGGCUUUAGAUCAUUUUAAAGUCACUACUUUCACCAGCUAUUCUGAAAUCAGACCGGAGGACUCUUUGAUAUUACUAGUUCUCGGGAAAAAAGACAACCCUGCAGUUACAGAAACAGUACCAGAACCAGUCAAUCCCAUUACCACUAACUCGCCUCAUCAGAUGCCUCUGCUGAUGCAGCUCUACACCUCCCCAGACUACGGCUCACCCCUGGACCCCAACACCAAGGUUCAGAGUGACAAGAGAAUUUAUGCAGAGAUUUCUGGGCACACUUUAGGGGGUAUUGUCUUGACUAUCAAGGUGAUCAGCUGCUUUGUGCGCUCUAAAGGCUCCUGCCCCGUCGUGAAAGAGCUGCCCUUCAUUCUGGAGGCCUGCUCCUUGAAUUCGUGUUCCAACAGCACUCGAUUCAGCUUCUCCUUAGAUCAGCUCCAGGAGCUGACGUCCACCACGUGGGACCUGGAAUGCGCUGUGCAACUGUGCUAUAGUGAGAAAUGUGGAGAUGGAGGAAGAGUGAAGAGGAAUCUGGAGGUUACUCAGCCGUGUCUGCAACCACCAACCGAACCAUGCUUUGAGUUUGGCCUGGCUGGAGUUCUGGGAAUUGCAUUCGGAGGGUUCCUGAUUGGAGUGUUACUUAUUGGAGCACUGUGGUUCAUCAAAAUUAAAACAGGGUACCCAACUGGACUGGACAUGAGCUCGACUGCAGCCAGUCUUCCAGGAUGUCCCUGCUCAGGAGCAAAGCGACAACCCGUUUCCACCAACCCUUCCCCUUCUGAAAACAGCAGCGCCAACGCCAGCAUUGGAAGCACCCAGAGCACACCGACCAGCAGCAUGGCAUGAGAUGAUGCUGUUCUCCACCAGCAGGGCCACCACCUCCCUUGAACGUCACCUAUACGGGUUUUGUGCUUUUUCUUUUCUCUGUUAAUGCUUUAAAAGCAUUUCCCCCCUCCUGCCCUGCCCCAUUUGAAUUCUUAUUAAAUAAAAAAAGCACAAGCCAUGUCUUUGACAUACCACGUCUGGAAUGGAUGUGAUCUGGGAGUUUGUAAUCGUGGGUGGGGAGGCCUGGAUGACGGCUAACUGAAGUCUAAUCACUGGCUUCUGAUGCUCACCUUUGCAGCCUCUCUGUAAAGUCGAGCUCUCAGACAGGAAGUUAAAAAGGGCAAGAGAAAAAAAUUGGCUCCCAGCAACAGGAAAAACAAACCAUAUCCCCCAAGAGCUAACAGGAAAUUCACCGCAUUCCUUUGAAUGAAUUGUGCUUGUGUGAUGGCAGCACAAUAACAGUUAGACAGGAGACAAACCAGUCAAUAGACUCACUUUGAAAAACAGAUGAAAAGCUGUUUUGCAUUCACAUCUAAGCAACAAAAAUAUGAAGGUCAGUCCAAAAUAAUAAGAAAAAAAAACUUCUUCAACAACAUCUUGGGGACUGAAAAGAUCUUCACGGUAAGAUCUCAAACAAAUCAAAGUAAUGGUCGCUUCAAGGGCUAUUUGUCUUAAUUGGAGUUUAAGGUUAAUGGUUAACAGCUACCUCCUAUUAUGUAGAAGUCUGGAGCUAAGUUUCAACUUAAAACUAGAUUUCUUUGGUGAAUUGAUUAUUUUCUGCCUGUUUCAUUUUUUUUUUUUUAUUCUAUGUCACUUUAGGUGAUUCUUAUUGACCCACUGGGUCAUUUGUAGCUCACUGAACAAAGUAAUGGUGCCAUUUUUAUGCUGUCCAAUAAGUGUAUCAGAGCCCUCAUAUUAACCCCCCACCCCAGCCACUGUUUAUAGGAAGCUACAGAAUAAUAUACUUCAUUUACUAAUUAAUCAACAAAACCAGUUUAAAGUCGUAUUUAUGGUCCAAAGGUAGCAGUAAGUGUAUAGCCCAAUGAAAGACUCUUAUUUAUGUAAGCUCAGAAAUCAUCCCCCUUUGAAAUGUAUAGCACCACAUGUAGAGAUGUAUGGCUGCAUUCAGAGCUGAGAAACGUAAUGAAGAAUUAUCCCCCAAACUGUGCACAUCAGUGUCGAAACAUCACGCUAAGAUCCGGACUAAAGCGCCACUCACACAGCUAUGACCGCAGGGUGGAGUUUCCCAAAAAUAGUCUGUCUCUGAGGUAGAACUCCAGUUCUUUUCUGUUGCACAAUAUCCAUUCUCACUAGAACCAAUUUGCUGUAACCACAAUUUUUUUUUUUUUUUUACCAUAAUUUCCACGUCUGUGCAAACACACACAAAAAAGAGCUUUAUGUGCUGCUUUAACCCGUUUUAAGGCCGGUUUCAUCAUCACCCUUUAGACCCAGGUACAGCUGUGUAUUCUACUUACCAUUCAGAAAUCAAGACUGUGACAUUAAGUCCGGCUUACUUCCUCUUAUUCAGUAUUUUUUUAUUCAAAAUGUAGCCAGCUGCUAAUGUGCUGCCCUAUUUUGUGAUUGAUUAUGAUUUUAUUCCCUUAAUGGAUGUUAUGAAUCACCAGGAUUUUCCUUUGACAAACAAACCAUUCCUACUCGCUGAAGAGGCGCCACCUCAAUGAGGCCUUUAGGACUUGUUCCUCGAGGGAGGGGGACGUAUAGAUGCAAUGAGUAGAUUAUAUCCGUCCAUCUACAUCUAAAUCUCCUCUCGUUUAACUUUUGACUUUUACCUUUUGAACUUAAACUGCCUAUUUAAGUCAGCUCUGAAUACAGCCAGUUUGCACUCUGCACGUUGAUCAAUACAACCAACACAAAGAAGACAUCGGUCAUCCGACUGUUGACGGCAUCAGCACCGUUUCAAGAAUUCAAAUCUGGCCUUAUUUUCAUUUGUCACACGAUUGUAAUGAUGUGGAAACUGUCAUUUGAGAGCAAUUAGUUUGUUGUUAAAAUGAUUAACUUGUGCUUUCUACAUUUGAUGGGCUGCAUCAGCCACUGCAGUGCUAAUGCGAGACAUAAGCUGCAUAAUUGCAUGACGGGGACUUUCAGGAGGGCUACAGCGACAGAGUGACGGUUGAUCCGUGAACCCACUUUGUAUUUCAGUGUACAAAUGUAAAUGUUUUUAGUAUUUUUAUUGCCACUCUUUGACCUCUUUUAAAAAAUAUUCCCCCGUCACACAUCAAGUCUUGUUGUGUAAGUUAGCGGCAAAAAAAAAAGAACAAAAAAAUCAGUUUGUAUCCUCAGUACCGAGCAUCGACACAAGCACCGAAGCUGUGAUGUAAAAACUUUACCUUAUAUACACGAUAUACAACAUAUAGUCACAUUCCGAGUAGUUAUUCACCUUCUGAUUUGGAUUGUUAAGAUAAUUUAGUCACCUUCAAACGUAAUAUCAAGAAUGUUCCAAACCAGUUGCAUUUGUAUUCCCCCGUCUCUCUCUUCAUGCAGUUUGUGUUCAUGUACGUUUUCUCUGUGCAUGUCCGAUUUCCUUUGUGUGUUUCUAUGGAGGCAUAGAACAAAGAGGGCCAGUACAAAUUGCCACUUGAGUAUUUGUGCAAUAUGAUGAGGUAAACUUGUAUGUAAUGUCUAUAUGUCAUUUGUACCAUGUUUUUUUUUUUUUUUUCUCUUUUUGUAAGUGUUGUAUGUAUGAUAUUCUUCAUUUGAACCAACCUGAUUUGUUCUUUUAUAUAUUUAAAGAACUGGGACAAUUCCUAAUCAAGGCACUUAUCAAAUGCACAACAUUUGUUUUGUAUAAUAAUCAUGUUUUUUUUUUACUCUCAUGUACUUUAGAUUACACUGUAGACCGUGCGUGCCGCGUCGCUUGUCCGAGACAUUCCAUCCGUUUAUUGGUUUUACCCCGUUUGACUUUUGUCCUCACCGUAAGGUUCCCCUGCAGUCCAAAAAACACUGCAUAUCUCUGCUAACUGACAUCCUGACAUUGUACUGUGUUCAUUGUACUAUCUUCAGUGGGUGUGAUGGGGAAGUGCAUUCUGAAUUCUUAAGACAGGAUGUCUCACCAUAAAGUCGCAUCCCAGUUAAUAUUCAGUACCCUGGCAGUUAUCAGGAUGGAACCUCAUGAAAAAAUAGGAAAAAUGCAGCAAUCAGUGAGAACUUCUUUUUUUUUUUUUUUCAUUUAAUUUUAGGAUGCGGUUGCAGUAUUAGACAUAUUCUUCUUCGUUUUAUUUUUUAUAUGACAGGUAUUCUGUGUUCAAGCAGCGCCGGUGACUGUCUGAGCACCGACAGUAAAAUCAGACGGGCUGUCAAUUAAUUCACUUGUUAACCCUGCAGAUCCGUUUGUUACCUCUGAAGAAAAAGCUUCUUGCUUCUCAGAUGCUUUACACGAAAUAUGUGUGUCUGUUUGUGCAUGUAUACAGUAUACGUGCUGUGUGUGUGGUGUGUGUGUGUGUGCUCACAUAUGUCUGCAUGUAGGUGUACAAUAGCAACUACGCCUACGUUUAUGCCAGCAGAUCCUUCCUCCAGACUCCAUGUCCAAAAUUCUGUAUUCUUCCCCAAAACUCAGAAGUUGCUACAACAUGUCAAAAUCUCUGCUUUUAUUUUAUAAUGUAUAAGAUGCAGUGUUAUUUUUGUGCUAGAGUGGGCAGCCUUUUACCAUUUAAAAUGGGUCAAUUUUUCUUUUUUUGAGACAGUACUCUACUGAUGCCAUGUAUUUCUAUGUUGUCUCAGAAAAGCAUAUGUUUUGUCUUAAAUCAUCUUAAUAAAGUGAAUUUGACAAACA